AAAUAAGUAAUUUACAAAACUUAUUGCUUUCUAAAUUAUUGUAGCGAACUUGGCUUUUCUAACUUUAAACACAAUGGAUUUUGGAAGCAUUAAUAAGUUUUUAGAAAAUAAAACAAUCUUUGUUACGGGUGCUACUGGAUUCAUCGCUAAGAUUCUUAUUGAAAAAAUACUUCGAACUCAACCAAACGUUAAGAAGUUAUACCUUCUUGUAAGGGCUAAAGAUGCUACCACUGCCAACACUCGACUUCGUGAAGAGGUGUUAGGGAAAGAGUUGUUCAAAGUUUUAAGAGAAAAAUUGGGUGCCAGUUUUGAGGGUUUCAUGUUGGAAAAAUUAAGUGCUGUUGCUGGUGAUACUUCAUAUGAUAAUUUGGGACUUACUCAUCAUCAGCUUAACCAGAUGUAUGAGGACAUUGAUAUUGUUAUUAACGUUGCCGCUACUACUAAAUUUUGGGAAAGGUAUGAUGUGGCAUUGGGAGUGAAUACCCUAGGACCAAAACAUGUGGUCAACUUUGCAAAUAAUUGUUCAAAAAUACAGUUACUCAUCCAUGUGUCUACUGCAUACGUGUGUGGAGAGAAGAAAGGGUUGAUAUCUGAAAAGCCAUACGAAAUGGGUGAGACUUUGAAUGGAGUGUCAGGUUUGGAUAUUGAUUUCGAGAAGAAGCUUAUUGAUCAUACUUUAAAAAAUCUUAAAGCCCAACAACUACAAGAAAAGGAUAUUAGGCAAAGAAUGAAGGAUUUGGGAAGUCAAAGGGCAAAAUAUUAUGGAUGGCCAAAUACGUACGUGUUUACAAAGGCAAUGGGAGAGAUGCUUAUAGGAAAGCUUAGAGGCAAUCUACCUGUUGUGAUUUUGAGGCCUACUAUUGUUUGCAGCACAUUCAAAGAACCUUUCCCUGGUUGGGUUGAAGGCUGUAGGACGAUUGAUAGUGUUACAACUACUUAUGGUAAAGGAAGACUGACUUUAUUCCUUGCGGAUAAUAGUACCGUUUUAGACUUGAUACCUGCUGAUAUGUUCGUAAAUUCGAUGAUUGUGGCAAUAAAGGCUCAUGUAAACAAUUCCGAUCUUACUAUAUAUCAAGUGGGGAGCUCAUAUAGGAACCCAUUAACUUUUAAAGAAACGCAUGAAUUUCAUUAUCACUACUUUGCUCGAAAUCCAUGGACAAGUGAUGAAGGAAAAUCUAUAAAAUUGGGGAAGGGAGUCGUGCUCAACAACAUACUAACAUUCCAAAUCAUUCUCUUUGUAUGGCAAUUUUUGGUCCAAAUGAUCUUAAUAUUUACUACCAGAAUGGGAUGUAGUAACAUGCAACAUAGAUUGUAUAAAUUUGACAAGAAGCUGAAAAUAGUUACAAAAUUGGUGGAUUUAUACAAACCCUAUCUAUUCUUCAAGGGCAUUUUUGAAGACACGAAUACAAAAAAAUUGCUAAUAAAUGCCCGUGAAAAUGGUUUGGAUGAAGACAUGUUCAACUUUGAUUGUGAGUGCAUCAAUUGGGAAGAUUAUUUCAUGAAUGUCCAUCUACCAUCAGUUGUCAAAUACUUGUUUUAGUUUUUUUCUUGCAAAUAUGUAGCAUAAUUUGAUUUUUCAUUGAAAUUGAAUUUUUAUUUUUUAUUUUUUUGUGUAAGGCGUAAACUGAGGGAAGAGGAGGGACGAUGAAAAUUAAACUUAAAAUCCUCUUUAAAAAGAGGUAUAUGUUGUAAUUGAUAUAAAAUACAAUUCUUUUCAAUUUUUAACUCUAAAUCGGCAAUUCAAGAUCAACCUUCCUAAUGGAAAAACUUUAACUCGUUCACUAUUGAUGUGAUUUUUUGUUUUUCAAAAAGAUAUAUGUUCUAAAAUGAAUAAAAGUUUAGUCAAAUUUAUUAUGACCAAUUUUAAAAACUGACAUUAAAUAAAAAUCGUUAUUUAUGAUUUCUUGUUUUUAGUCCUUAAUUUACAAAAAGUCUGAAGACUAAAAUACAAACAAAAUGGAUUCUUACAUAAUCAAUGCUUAUAUAAUUUAAAGAGUUUUAAAGAGUGAAUUGUUUUAUUUAAUAGUUUACAAUUUAAAAAUAAUUUAUAUUCUUAGUCCGUGGUGGAUCCUAACAAAUAUCUACUCUACACCGAAAAACCGAAAUAUUAAAUUAGGUGGUAAUAUUUACGCGAGUACGUAAAUGACUUGUUGCGCUGUCUUUGUAUAGCGUGUGAUGCAACUCCUUAAAA